AUUCAAAAUGCAGUUCUAGUCAGAAACCAUUCAGCUGCUCGAAAUGUGGGAAAAGAUUUCACCUCAAACGAGAUUUUAAGAAACACAUGUUAACUCACACAGGAGAGAAAUCUUUCAGCUGCUCAGUCUGUAAAACAUCUUUUGCACAGAGCAAUCAGUUAAAGAGUCACAUGUUCACUCACACAGGAGAGAAACCUUUCAGCUGCUUAGUCUGUAAAACAUCUUUUAGACACAGUGGAACUUUAAGGAGUCACAUGUUAACUCACACAGGAGAGAAAUCUUUCAGCUGCUCAGUCUGUAAAACAUCUUUUGCACAGAGCAAUCAGUUAAAGAGUCACAUGUUCACUCACACAGGAGAGAAACCUUUCAGCUGCUCAGUCUGUAAAACAUCUUUUUCACAGAGCGGAACUUUAAAGAGUCACAUGUUAACUCACACAGGAGAGAAACCGUUUAGCUGCUCAGUCUGUAAAACAUCUUUUGCACAGAGCAAUCAGUUAAAUAUUCACAUGUUAACUCACACAGGAAAGAAACAUUUCAGCUGCUCAGUCUGUAAAACACCUUUUAGACACAGUGGAACUUUAAGGAGUCACAUGUUAAUUCACACAGGAGAGAAACCUUUCAGCUGCUCAGUCUGUAAAAGAUCUUUUUCACAGAGAGGACCUUUAAACAGUCACAUGUUCACUCACACAGGAGAGAAACCUUUCAGCUGCUCAGUCUGUAAAAGAUCUUUUGCACAGAGAGGACCUUUAAAGAGUCACAUGUUCACUCACACAGGAGAGAAACCUUUCAGCUGCUCAGUCUGUAAAACAUCUUUUGCACAGAGCAAUCAGUUAAAGAGUCACAUGUUCACUCACACAGGAGAGAAACCUUUCAGCUGCUCAGUCUGUAAAAGAUCUUUUGCACAGAGAGGACCUUUAAAGAGUCACAUGUUCACUCACACAGGAGAGAAACCUUUCAGCUGCUCAGUCUGUAAAAGAUCUUUUAGACACAGAGGAACUUUAAAGAGUCACAUGUUAACUCACACAAGAGAGAACUCAUUUUAGUUGUUGUGGUUUUGGUAAAGUUGAGAUUUAUUCGACUCCCUCGCUUGUCAACAAGCCCUUGAGAAACUGGACCUCCCUCGUUUGGGGCAGUGGCUCACUUCCAACUGGGAGGACUCUAUCCACUAACCACGACAAAGCCAUCUCCACUAAGAGAAUAUUAUCUGGGUAGAGUAGUCACCGUGUUUGUUUUGUUUAGCUUUACCGGCCCUGUUCUUUGUCAUUGGGUAUUUUAUGAACCCCCGAGUGUUCCUGUUGUGCUUGUAGCUGCUGUCAUAGCGAUCCAGUCUGCUGAGCUUUGUUGAGUUGAGAUCCUCCACCAAGAAUAUGUCAGCAGACUGUAUUUCAUCAGUUAUCGGUCCAGUGACGCGGCUUUUGUGUGAUACAAUUACAAUUCAAGAUUCAAGAUGUUUUAUUUGUCACAUACACACACAGGGUGUGCAGUGAAAUGAAAGUGGCAAUGCUCAGCAGGAAUGUGCAAGGGCAACAAGUACACACUAUUU